AUCACAAUUAAAAUGACACUUAUGAUAUAUUAAUAUUGAUGCCAGGGAACAAAUCCACGCCACGCCACUUUUAAUAAUAAUAAUAAUAAUUUGGAUCUCUCAGAUGAAUCAGAUUUUUUGAGUCUCCCAUCAGUACGUGAAUGCAUCCCAGUAAGAGUUUUAGCUGAUGGUGGGAAUAUUUAUACUUGGUACCAUAAUCCAACUCAGAAGAUUUUAAAGCAAAUAUUAAUAAAUAAAAAGAAAAUAAAGCUAAUCAAAGCUGGAGGAUUUAUUUUUUUAAAUUGCUGCUCAGACAUGCGCAGUUGGUUUGUCCCAACUGUGCCAGCAGCGGUAAAGGGAGGAUGAGGAUGGAGGAGGGGUUAAGGGGAGCAGGAUGAUGCUGAAGAAGGAGGAGGAGGAGGAGGCUCCUGUCCGCCGGCAGCGCGCUGAGCUGCUCUCCAUCCCUGCGCUGUAACGGGGAGAAACGGGCUCGCGGUCAGACACGUGCUCCUAGGAUUGUGAAGCUCUCUUUUUAAUUAGUUGCUGGGAAUAAUCCAGCGGCGGGCGGGAGGAUCAUCCAGUAGUCCAAAUGCUUCCCUGCUCAUCAUCCGCGCAGAUGGAGGGGUGCUCGGAGGAGAAGGACGCACACAUGCACACAGAGUGCACCCGACUGACGGAGGAGAGAGACGAGGCCGAGAGGCAGCUCAAACACAUCAAGAGGGUGUCUCAGAUGGUGAUUGAGGAGGUGAGUGUUCUGCAGACUCAGCUGGAGAUCGAGAAGUCGUGUCGGGAGAAUGCAGAGGCCUUGGCCACAAAGCUGAACUGUGAGAACAGGAAGUUGAAGUACCUGAGUCUGUCGUCUCGGCCGUGUUUGGACGAGCUGCUUCCCAGCAUCUCUGACUGCAUCGCGCUGGAGGCCAAUGCUGAUGCAGCAGACGCUGGAGACUGCAGCCCUGACAUCUUCAUGCAGUGCCAUCAGCAGGUUAAAGAGCUGCGGGAAACGGUGAACAGCUUGUUGGAGGAGAAGAAAAACUUUGUCUGUCAGAUUCAUGACCAGCAGCAAAGGAUAGAAGAGCUGACUGCACAGUCAGAGAAAGAUCAGGCAGAGAUGAAGCAGCUUUGUGAAACAGUUGAGCAGCAGAGCAAAACCAUCAAGAGGUUUAACAGAGUCUCCAUGAUGGCGGCUCAAGAGUUCGAGGGCAUGAAGGAGCAGCUCGACUUGGAGCAGAGCCUCAGGGUCAAAGCUGAAACGUAUGCACACGAGAUGCUGGUGAAGCAGAAGGAGGCCAACAGGCAGAGCAUGCUGCUGCUGCAGAGUGCUGAGCCCAGCAUUCAGCUGCUCAAAGCCCUUGAAGACGUUGCUGCUGUCACCAAAACCCUGGAGGAGGAGCGUCUGCAGCAUCAGCAGAAGGUGCAGAACCUGGAGGAACAGCUGGAGCAGAGGUGUGUGAAGACACAGCUGGAGGCUCUGCAGAGGCAGCUGGAGCUGCUGGAGGUGGACAAAAAGGAGGUGGAGGGACGACUGGAGCAGGCACAGAAGAAGAAUGAGGAGCUGGAACACAGAGUUCACGAGCUCCAGAAAGAGAUGACGACCAGCACAGACCCCCCUCCCCCUGCACCUGGGGUCGCACCGCCUCCCGCCCCUCCCCCGCAGCCACCUCCACCCCCUCCUCCUCCCCCUCCCCCGCCCCCUCCACCUCCCCCGUCCAGAUGUAACCCCCUCAGCUCUCUGAUCGCCAUCAUGAGGAAGUCCUCCAAAGGUGCCAAAGCCUCUGUGAAGGCCGAGCAGCCUCCAGCUGCUGCUGAGGGUGUGGAUGAUGUAAAGGUGAAGGCAGUCAAUGAGAUGAUGGAGCGGAUCAAACACGGUGUCGUCCUGCGGCCCGUCAAGAGUCAGGACACCAAGCAGAGGAUCGCAGUCAAACAGCCUCCAGCCUGUGAGGAGAAACAGGAGAGCGCCAUGGAGGAACUGAAAGGCAUCCUGGAGACGGUGAAGAGGAGCCCCAGCCGAGGCUCGCAGGAGUCUGGACCAUCACCUCCCGGGAAGAAGGACAGUGAGCUGGAGGUCAUCCUGAGACGCCGACGCAACAAGGCAGGAGAGGCCGGCUCAGGAGAUGAGGGCCAAAUGAGCCACGUCUCAUCUUCUGACAGCCUGAAUGAAAGGCGUGGCAGCAGCGACUCCGGCGGGCCGAGUGUCCCCUCUGACCCGGCCGGGCCCAGGGUCGGCCCGGAGAGACGGGGGUCGGGGCCGGGGCCUGUGGUGGCCAGGAGGAAGAGCUCGGACACGGGCAGGGAGAGGAGGUCCUGCAACUCUCUGUCUGAGAAAGAAACGGCCGAGUCUCCAGUCAGCAACGGCUGCAUCAGCAGUGUCGGGGAGGAUCAAAUCCGGUCGAACGGAGUCGAACAUGCAGAGGACGCGGCCGCCGCCGACUCAAUGAACGGAGACGCAGAGUGCUAGGAUGGACUCUGAGGAUCCUUGACUUUGCUUCUGUGAUCCGAUGUGUGCAUUUACUGACAUACGAGUGAUGAGAUCAGAUGAUGUAGAGUGCUAACAUGUUUGCCUUUUGUUUCCUGUGUCAGAUCAAAAAUGGAGAAGUUGACUUUGUUGUACUUUUGUAUUUAUGUUUCUCAGAUUUACACUAACCGUCUAACAGCUAGCUGGAAUGAAGCUGUGCAGGUAACAGAGCAGUAAGAGCUCACCGGGCUGAGGUUCAGUCACACAGGGCUCAGAGAAAGGAAGGUGCUGUCAUAGUGAGCCGCUGUAGAAACGCCACCUGCACAAACACACCGUAUCUGCUGCUCCUCUGCAUCACCGCAUGCAGACUGCUGCAUGUGAGUGCACACGCACUGAGACAUCAGCUGACUCCACCUUCUAUAAACUGGCCGUUAGGUUUUUGUAGCAGCUUGCAGAAACAGAACAAAGCUCCGGAGGAGUGAAAGAAAGGCAUUAGCGCCCUGCUGGCUUUUCUACUACGGCUCUCAUUCAGUAACUGAAGCCGUUCUUUCCUUUGAUGCUUUCUGAACAUGAACCCGUGGAUCCGACUGAACAAGGGAAGCUGCACUUUUUUUUUUGCACAGAACCUCAGUUUUCUGAGACUAGUAUAUGACUGCAAAGCUUUAGGCUGAUUAGUUUUUUUAUUUGAUGCACAAAGCGUCUGCUUGUCGGCACUUUGUGCCAUCAGAAGCACCGUACUGUUACAGAAUCCAGCUCUCCGACUGCUCCUGCCUUCCCUCCACCUCCUUUUAUUUCCUCUCCUGGUCUGUAGUGAGGACUGCAGCACUGAGUGAGGUCAAAUUGCUGCAGCUGCAUCUUUUUCUUUGUCUGUGAGCUGCAGUCGAAGCGCUUCCUGAACCCUUCUUAAUGAAAAUGCAGAGAAUGUGGUGAAACCUGCUCUUUCUGAUGCUGCAUUCAGACACAUUGUCACAGGCUGCUGUGAAGGCGUGCGUGGCGUCCACGAUCAGUGUGGAAACAUCAGCACAGAUGCUGCUGUGCUCCCUGCCAAACACAGCAACACCAACUGCCAACAGCAGGCUGGGUGUGUUCUUGGUAUCGUGGGGAUGCUGAAGCCGAGGUGUCAUUUAACACUUCUUUUGAGGCGGUCAGUGAUGAGAGCCGUGCAGCUCUGAUGAAGUCAGUUAAGUCUGGUUUUGUCGUGCUGUGUUCAGCUGACUAACGCCCCACCUGUCCAGGUAUGUACCUGAGUCUAACCUCAGGCGGAUGGAAACACCCAGGAGCCAUUUUUACAACCAGGGCUUUAAAAAUCAGUUGCAGCGUGUUUUCUUGGAAACAUGGAAGUGACUGAUAUUUCAGGUUUAGAGGAACACGGCACGAGCUGUUCAAGGAACAUCUAACAGAAAUGUUCUCAGGGUCCACGGGCCAGAACUCCACCACAGCCACCCCAGGGCCUCAGUGAGAAACGACCUUUGUUCUCCUGAAGGAGCGAAGAAGCGGUUUGGAGGAGUUAGGGUGCUCGUCUACUUUUUCUACCUCUCCAUACUCCUGCCUCCAAACCGAAACGUUACAUUUUGUGGUGUGAAAACUCACGAGAUCCUGUCUCAGAUCCUGAGACGUCUUCCUCCAUAAGCACUGAGUCCACAUACCUGGAUGCACUAAUUCUGAAACACCAUCUUUGUUUCUCACCGUGACACCUGACUUUUAUUUUGUAGGGCCUGCUGUCUAUACAUAGCUGUCCUGGCACAUGAUGCAACAUUAAAAACAAUUUCUAAGCGUAUGCAACUGCAUAAGGCACAUUCAUGUGACGCUUUCACAGCUCGCCAUCAUGUCUUCAGUCAUGUAGAAAAAUGCAUUUUGUUCCAUCCAUUAUGCGUAUUUUACUCUGAUGCAAAAGGACCACACAUGUAACAUCGAAAGCUGCCUCAGGCCUGAAUAUUAUGCAUACUGAGGGCUUGCACGGGCCUCUGGGCGGUGGGGGGGGUCGACCUGCAGCUGGUUUGGAGUUUGGGUCCUUGCACUGAUUGCUUAGUUGUUAACCGAGGGGUUGAUAGAGAUGGGGGGGCUAGAUAUUGUGUGUGUUUGAGAUAUAAAUGGAGUGUUUUUUAAACAUCACUUGGAAUA